UUGAUUGACUGACGAAUAUUUUGGUGAUGAAACUGGAAUUUUAUCUACUUCCCAGUCCCUUUGUUGUCCUACGAGUUGUUCAAUGUUAUUUCUCUUGUAAAUAACAUACAAAAUGUGGGCUUCGUGUGUGUAAAAUGUCUGAGACGAAGGAGACUGACCGAAGCGUGCAAAUCGACUUCGAUCCUAUUUUACCUGACACUGGAGUUUUGUUUUACGAAGAAUGUCCUACGGAGUACGAGAUACAGCGUCCUAAAUUGCUCCCUUUGAAGACGACAACACAAAUUCGCUUUGAAGAGCUACAACACGAGGCAGCCAGAGUGUGGCGAGAGAAACAAAAAACUGCAAAGACACCAAAAAAUUAGCUUUGUUAUCGUAACCUACCUAUCAUCAGUCAAGAUGGUCUACACGUUAUUUGUUGUGGAGAUAAUAUUUGCAUUCAUACUAGCGGCCACAUUGCUAUAUAGAUAUGGGGACUGUUACCGCAACCAUAUAAUAGUGACAGUGUCCGUACUAACAGCAUGGUAUUUCUCGUUUGUUAUUAUGUUUGUGCUGCCUUUGGACGUAUCUUCAACCGUCUAUCGGCAGUGCAAGCUAGAGAACACCACAAAUCCAGUGACAGCAGGACCGGUGUCAGUAUCGGGGAUUGGCAACGAAUCAACCACAGUCCCUACUCCUGCCAGUCAAUGUCAGGAACCGUGGAGUUUUGUUCCCGAUGACGUGUUCCGUAACCUAUGGCGGGUACUGUACUGGACGUCGCAGUGUUUGACUUGGCUUAUAAUGCCAAUGAUGCAGUCAUACAGCAAAGCAGGGGACUUCACGGUUAAAGGCAAACUAAAGUCGGCUUUGGUCGACAACGCAAUAUACUAUGGGUCAUACCUCUUCAUUUGUGGCAUCCUCCUCAUAUACCUGGCCUUGCAACCGGGGACCUCUUUGGACGGUCCAAAGAUAAAGGCCAUUGCCUCAUCGGCAUCCAAUACUUGGGGUCUGUUUCUACUGAUCCUUCUGCUUGGAUACGCCCUAGUGGAAGUACCAAGGAAUCUUUGGAACAAUUCGAAGAAAAACUACACAUUGACAUAUAGCUACUUCAAAAUAGCUAAGUUGAGUACGGACAAGUGUGAAGCGGAGGAAUCUGUCGACGAUAUUUUAGAUAGCCUGAACUCAGUGUGCGCGGCGGUGGGCCCGGGCCACCCUCUGCAGCGGCACGUGGAGACCAUCAUACAGAAGCUGCCCAUCCAGCUCCGCGACAGACUCAACUCCCGCGCACCGCCCGAGCGCCCGGCACCGCCCUCCUUCAAGUCACUCGUCAACUUGCAUAAAAAAACAAUAAAAUCCCUACAUGUGCUCCAACGCACGGAGACGCAGUGGGGGCUGAUGCUGGAGCGCAUCUUCCACCUGGAGGACGUGGCAGCCAACCUGCGCUCGCCCGACAAGCGCUUCCAGCACACCUUCCACACGCCGCGCCCGAGACUGCAGCGGAUACUCUACCCGCCGCCUAUUGAAUGGUGGUGGGAGUGUUUCUUGCGCCAAUACUUCCUGAAGACGAUGGCAGUCAUCACCGGGAUCCUGUCGGUCGCCGUGGUCUGGUCUGAGAUGACCUUCUUCUGUAAGAAGCCAGUUCUCUCUAUAUUCGCGAACAUCAUCAUCGCGGCGGGAAGCAACUAUAAUUAUGCUGCUAUUGUGACUAUAUCCACGCUAAUAAUAGCGUAUAUGUUCUACUGCGCGUACUCUACACUACUCAAGAUCCGCGUUUUAAACUUGUACUACUUGGCCGCGCACCAUCAGACCAACGAAUACAGUCUCAUCUUCUCGGGGAUGAUGGUGUCGCGGCUCACGCCUGCUAUGUGCCUUAACUUCCUAAGUCUGGUACACAUGGAUUCCCACGUCAUCAAGGAACGGGUGCAGGAGACUUUUUAUACGCAGGUGAUGGGCCACAUGGACGUAUUAGGCAUCAUCGCUGAGGGCUUCAACAUAUACUUCCCGAUGCUGGUGGUGCUGCUGUGUGCGGCCACGUACUUGUCUCUAGGCAGCCGGCUGCUCUCCAUGUGCGGCUUCCAUCAGUUCGUGGGUGACGAUGAGCUCACCACCGACUUGGUCGACGAAGGACGAGAAAUUGUCAAGCGAGAGAAACGCAAGCGGCAGCGAGCAGAAGAGACGAUGACCCGGCGGCGCGACUUCAGCGAGCGGUACUCGACCUACCGCACUGGACGCGAGAACCAGGACGGAGCCCGCACCGGGCUCCUCAACGACGUCGACUCAGAUUACUACGUGCAACCGAGUCCCGAACGUUCACAACCAAUCAGCGGCUACCAGCGAGCCGAGGUACCCUACAACAGAACCAACUUGACUCUAGAAGAUGAGUUGGAUCAACGCUUUGGAGACAGCACCCUCCCGUCCAUCAGGACUGAGUUUGACGGCAGAAGGGACAAGCUAACCAUGCCCCCAAAAGGACUCUUCGACGAUGUGUAGAACCUUAUGUGGUGGUGUAAUAAUUCUAGUUUUACUGAACACAUUUCAAUGCAGUUUUGUGGAAUUUCUUAAGUGAUUUAGGUUAGUAUUAAUAAACUAAUCUCAGCUUUGAGACUGCCCUCAAGAUCAUGUCAAUGUGACAGUUCUUAUAUAAAAACAGGGACUUGGGCAUGGUCUUGAGGGUAGUCUCAGCUGAGAGUAGUUUAUUAAGACCACCCUUAACACUUUCAGACUACAGACGUUCCGAUUCCAAGGUGUCAUACUACCUAUUAUGAACCAUCAAUGACCCAUGGUCUCUGCCCGUGAAAGGGUUAAAGGACUGGUUUAUGUCAAGUUUUAUUUUUAUGUUAUUUUUAUACUAUAUUUUUAAUUUAUUACAACAAACGAUUUCAAUUAGUUUGACGAGUGUUUUACUUUUAUAAUUUGGUUGGAAUCGAAUUAAACAUAGUUGGCGAGGAGUGGGUGAAUAUCUUAUACACCCCUGCCUACCCCUUAAAGGAUACAGGCGUGAUGCUAUGCUAUGUUAUAUACGGCGAAAUAUGCACUCAUAUUUCCUAAUUCGUUGCCAUAAUGGUUGCAAUACACAUAUAAUGCAGAUACUAAGAAUCUGUGUACAGUCAUGUGCAGUAUCAUAAUAAUCACUUUAGAACCCUGUCGCCUUAACAUAUUUGACAUUUAGUGAGAUUUACAGUUAAAUUUGUCAAAAAAGUUAACAUGACAUGGUACUAGUAUACAUAAGUAUCGUGACCGCACAUAAUCUGAUGCUACUUUCGAUUCGACGAACCAAACAAAGUAUCUCCAAAUUAGCCCUGAUAACGUUUUUGAAAUGUAUUCACCAAAACGUCAGUUUGAAACUACAUCCUAUCUAACAAGUUCAUGUAAAGUAUUGUAUAUUUUGCUAAGAAAGGACUGUGUGCAAAUUUAUGUACAAAAUCAUGCUAUUUAUUCUAGCUUCGUCCAGUUAUUUUUGUAAUUAAUGUAAUUUAUGUUGUGUAGAAUAAACUGUAGGAAUAAUAGAAGGUGCAAUUACUAAUAAAUUGUAGAUAGACUGUAGUAGUCUUGCAACUACCAGCUAGUUUGGAAUAUACGCCAUAAAUAAGCCGAAAGAAUUCCCACUCGGCCUACGUCGCGUCCCUAAAACAUUUAAAACUGCAACAUAAUACCUAUAGAUAACAAAAAUAGACUACCCAGGUAAUUUUGUUACUGUUUAUUUAUUUCUGCUUAAAAAUAAUUGUAGUUGUGAUAUAUCUCUGGCUUCUCUUUUUACCAUAAACACAAUCACAAUUUUUGAAUCGCAUAGUACAUGUACUGCAAACUCUACAUGAUACCAUGGUAUAAGAAAAUCAGGUAUGCUCAAUCCUAUGACAAGCCGCCAUUGCUAGCCCUUUGAUGACGUAAGUGUUACCACUGUGUUACCAUUAAAUUGGUAUCUCCAAAAUUCCAAGGACAUUAAUUUUAUUACUGAAAAUUAGGCGAAUUACUGACUAAUAUUUAAUUACUCUUACUUGUCACAUAUAUGAAAAUCAUUAAAACUAUAAGUAAAUCUUUUACUAAAAGUUCAAAAUUUCCUUGCAAAAUAAAUAUAAGAACGUGAGGCGUGGGUAAUUUAUUUUUACAAAAUGGCAACGCAGGGCGGGAUGACGUCAGCUGGGCUAACCUUGAAAUGUUAGCUGUCACUUUUGACCUGGUUUUCUUAUAUCAUGCAUGAUGCAAGGUGAACUAAAUCUGGCCGGCUUACUGAGGGACUUUUCAGUCUACCUACCUCAAAUACAAUAUAGAUGGCGCUGUACAGAUUUUCCGUCGUUUAACCUUCUAAUUUAAUGCAUGACAGACAUAUGCAUUUUAUAUCUUUGUUUUUGGGUAUAAAUUUUGACCCUUUUUAUUACACCUAGGCACAAUUACAUCUUCCACUGAUCAAAAUAUAGAGACGCAAUAUAGAUAGCAACAUAAUUAAAUACAUAAUGUGAUCCAUAUAUCAAGCAACAAUUAUUUUUAUAAUUGCUUCUGCCAUUACAUUGUACUUUGGAAUAAUUAUGUACCCCGAGUAAUGUGAAAAUAGGUAAUUAUCACGUCAAAGCUGUACAGCGCUAUCUAUAUUGUUUUUGGUGAACGUAGCUUUUUUUUUUCUUGAAUGAAUGGGAACGUAGCCUUGAAAGUCCCUCCUCGACCUUUUAUUGUCUAUGGGUAUUAUUGACAAAUAACUUUUAUAUAUAGGCCUAGAAUUUUAAUGUAAAUUAUUUACCGUCAAUCGAAAUACUACACAUGUUUUUCGAAAUCUAUACUUAAAUCACUAGUUUAUAUGGCUAUUGUAAUAAUUAUAACAAUGGUGCCGAUUCCAGUACACAUCAUCUAAUUUUAUUCCAAGUUAUACCUGUCAUUUUCUUAUCCGCCGAAAAGGAAAGGGACGGGUAAUCGACAAGCAUAAAAUUUUUGGAACACAUGUCAAUUUUAGACAAAUCUAAUAUACCCCCAAAAUUUGAUAUCGGCUAAUAACCAGACAGCCUAUUUUAUUCUCCCAAGUUAUUCAUUCCUUCUAUCAUUCAUUUUAAAAUUAACAGUUGUCAUUCAUCCGUCCCUUUCCUUUUCGUCGGAUAAGAAAAUGACGCGUAUAACUUAAAAUAAAAUUAGGUUUCUGCAGGAAUCGGAGCCGUUACUGUGUUAUGUUCAUAAUAAAUGGCAAACAAUACAGGUAUAGUGUACAAUAUAGACAAGUAUAAACGUAAACUUUAUGGUGUUGACUCUAUGCUUAGUGCGAGAAAGAAAUAGCAAGAGCUUUACUCAAAUCUAAAUCAUAGAAUAAUACUACGUAACUCCGCCCCGCACCAAUUUGUAUCGCCAACCGAACCCUCUGGGUCUUACUUUAGUUUUAAAUGGCCGAAUGCCGCUGGGACUAAGAGGCAGCGCGUGGACUCUGUCACACGCGCAUUUACGCGUUAGGCGGCACACUUUUUUUUUGACGUGACUUAUUGUAGAUUUGCCGCAGAUGGCAUUAACUACUUGGCCGGACAAAUGGGGAGCGCUGAAGGCACUCACCCGGUACAACGUUUAAGACAACAGGCAGUUGGGCGCGAACCUCGGCUCAGGGCGUCGUCUGAGAGGAAAGGCGGCACACGUUAACACGAUUGAACACGUUUUUGUAUGCCAAUAUCAAAAAUCAAGUUCGGUCGGACAGAAUCGGUAUGUGUAAAAACAUAACCAUACUAACCACUAACAAUUAAAUGCAGUACAGUUAAUUACCUCGCAUCUUAUGAAGUUGGUAAAGAACGUUUCAAAUAGUAGUAUUCACUGUUAUAAAAAUCUAUUACAAUUUUAACACUUUAAUGACGACUAAAAUCUAAAUCCUAACAGAGACCCAAAAAUACAAACAAAAUAAUUUAUACUUACUUAUAAGCAUUUUAAAGAGAUUAUUGUAUGUUGUGUUGUGUAAAAUAUAUAAAUCAUUAUUUGUAUCUAAAAUUAAUUUGGAUAGCACUAUGUUUGGAAUUACGUAAUCAUUAUUACUGUUAAUACAUUUGGUUUCAUUCCAUAGAUUUAUGAAUGCAAUGCAUUAAACAAUGUGAUAAUAUAA